AAUAAUAUGUAUACGUAAUAUGACAGCGCAAAAAUUGAAAAUGGAAGAAUUAUUUGUAUUGAAGCCUGAAAAUCUGGAUCAUUUGUUGCCACAAAUAAAAGGGAAUUUAACGUUUCCGAACGAGAAAUCGCAAAUGUCUGCUCUUGAACAACUAGCGAAACUUUUAAAAACUCAAGUCUCGGACAUUCGGAGCAAUAUUUUCACGAAGCUUAUUAAAUUUGAUAUAAUCUCGACUCUGUGCGAUAUUUUAAAGACUUUUCGAGAACCACUUCUAACUUCAGCUUUUGAAUGCUUGGCUUUAGUAAGCGAAUAUCAAAAGUUUUAUGAAAAUCAAGUCGCUGUGGAAGCUGUUAGUUCUUUGUUUCAUCUUGCGCAUUACAUCGAAAUGUCCACCGAUAUACAAAUAUGUCCUUUGGAAAAGCUUCUUUCUGCUAUUCGUAAUAUAUUAUUCAACGCGAGAAAGUUAGGAAUUGAAAUCGAUAGCGUAUGCUCUAUCAAUCAAAUGUUUUCUUUUCUUAAGAACUUGAGCCAAAAAUGUUUAUCCCGUGUAUUAAAGUUUAUGAUUAUCGACAUUUUAAAUACCACACUCGAAUCCGUAACGUUGGACGAGAAUGAAAACGAAAAUGGGAGAUUGAUUCUCGAUGUUUGCAUCGAGUCGAUAAAAUCGAUGAAAGAUAUUGUAGAACAUGAUUACGAACAAGAAUAUGAAUGCUAUUCGAAGAAGAACGCUAUUGUCGCUUUAUGCUGUCUUUGUGCUACCAGCAUUAGAUUUUGCGACAAAGAUCAUCUGACGGAUGUUGACGAGGGUGGUAAUAUGACUCCAAUGCAAGGCAAAGUAUCUCUCGCAAAGUCUAUUUAUGCAAUCGUCAUUUAUACCAUUAUGCCGUAUGUUAAAGUAAGGGAAAUACAUUAAAUAUGAGUUUAAUUAAAAAGCUAUGUAUUAAAUAAACGUAUAUUUUGUAUUUACUGACGAAUAGAACGUGUCCUUUGAUCAAGAGAAUUCUCUUAAAUGUUACGCUAGUUUUGUUUCAUGUUUGAGUAACAUGUAUAAUAUAAGAGAUUUCAAACGAGAGGAUAUAGCUAAUCAUUUAGUAGCAAACGGUUAUCUUAAAUAUUUCUUACGUCUUAGCGCGCAACUUCCGUAAGUCUCUAAUAGAAUUAAUUAUUAAAGGUGUUUGCUUUUGUAAAUAUUUAAUGCUUUUUUUCUUUUUUAUUUCGAUAAUAAAAUUCUUUAGAUUACAUCAACGACGAAAUAUAUGCAUCUUAUUGACGCGGACAUUAAUCACUUUAGCAGAAAAUUCUUUAUCGAUCGACAAAUUACCCGAAGGUGUCAAUGUAUUUUCAAGUAAGAUAUUCGAUGGACUUGUUUCUCUACCUAACGAUGUUGAGCAGUGGACCGAUAUAGUUGCAAUUUCCGAUGAUCGUAACACAGCUUUAAUGAUUUCCUUUUAUUAUCAUUAUCAUGCCACCAGGGAGUGAGUUAUUUUUCUUGUUAUUUUCUUUCGUGUAAAAAAACCAUUUUUGAAGAUCGGUUAUCGUUUGUUUAUUUCAGACUUGAUAUGAUUACGUUCGAAUCUCUGAUAAAAAGAUUGUUAGAUCUAGAAGAUCUUGGAUCGAUAACUGUACCAACUCUAAAGCCAUUAUGGUUUUUAUUUGCUGUGAGUUUAUUUCUUUCUACUAGGAAGAUUAAAAACUUUAUUCGAAGCGCUAGGUUUGGUCUUGUUUUAUUAUUAAAAGAUUUAUUCUUUAGGUUUCAUUUUUGUCUCACCCAUCACCGGGAGAAAAUUUUGAAUACGAAAAUGCAGUGAAAAAAUUAACAAUGGCUUUACAAUAUUUGGAAUUAAGUCAAUAUUAUACCCAUCACAUUGAGCUCCUACAUUUU